AUGGUUGUCACUGCUCAUUACAUUGAUGGAAACUGGAAUUUACAGAGUCACAUUUUGAGGUUCAUUUAUGUUCCUGCACCUCAUACUAGUGAAAACCUUUGUGGUGCAUUGGUUGAAUGUAAUUUGAAAUCUAACGUGGGAAAUGAAAAUGCUAUUUUACUAACUGAAAUGGAGUCUGAUGAUGAAGGUGAGUUGUUGAUUGAUGGUGCUACUUCUAUUUCCAACUCCCGCCUCGAAGAUGAAGAUUAUUAG